GCGCGGCGGCGGCGGUCACGUGGUGCGGCCCCGCCGCUGCCAGCGCCGCGCGUCCCGAGCGCGCUCCGGCCGCCGCCGCUCCCCCCGCGCCCCCCGCAUGUCGCUGGCGCCGCGCCCCGCGCCCCCACAGCCGCCCGCCGCCGCCCUCCGCCGCAGCCGCCGCCGUCGUCACCGCCCUUGAUGUGGUUCGGGGCCGGGCGGGGGAGAAGAUGCCGCCGUCCAAGUCCCGCAAGAUCGCGAUCCUGGGCUACCGGAGCGUGGGAAAAUCUUCACUGACAAUUCAGUUUGUGGAAGGACAGUUUGUUGAUUCAUAUGAUCCAACCAUAGAGAACACUUUUACAAAACUGAUCACAGUAAAUGGCCAAGAAUAUCAUCUUCAGCUGGUUGACACUGCUGGCCAGGAUGAAUACUCCAUAUUUCCUCAGACGUACUCCAUAGACAUCAAUGGCUACAUUCUUGUUUAUUCAGUCACGUCAAUAAAAAGUUUUGAAGUGAUAAAAGUUAUCCAUGGCAAGUUAUUGGAUAUGGUGGGAAAAGUCCAAAUACCCAUUAUGCUGGUUGGAAAUAAAAAAGACCUGCAUAUGGAACGGGUGAUCAGCUAUGAAGAAGGGAAAGCUUUAGCAGAAUCCUGGAAUGCAGCUUUCUUGGAAUCUUCUGCUAAAGAAAAUCAGACUGCCGUUGAUGUUUUUAAGAGGAUAAUUUUGGAGGCAGAAAAAAUCGAUGGGGCAGCUUCACAAGGGAAGUCUUCAUGCUCAGUAAUGUAAUUCCACUGCAGAACCUGAAAACACUGGGAAUACAUUCUACCUGAAGAAGCAAAACUGCCCAUUAUCUUUAAGGAUAAACUAUGCUUCUUUUUUUUUUUUUUUUUUUUUUUUCCCUUUUUUUUUUUUUUUUCCUUUUUUUCAAUUUUUUUUUCUUCUGUUAACCUGAAAGAUAAACAGUUGGUUUGGAGCCUUUCCCUUCAGAUUAUGUUAAACUCUGACUCCUGUGCAAAUGGCUUCACUUCCAUUUUCAAAUUUUAAGCAAUCAUAUUUUCAAUUUAUAUAUUGUAUUUCUUAAUAUUAUGACCAAGAAUUUUACUGGCAUUAAUUUUUCAGUGUAGUUUGUUGGUUAGAAUAAUCAUCAAAAUGAUGCAUAUUGUUACACUACUAUUAACUAGGCUUGGAUAUCAGUGUUUCUUUGUGUUAAAUGUAUACUUGUAAAUAAAAUAGCUGCAAACCUUAAA